AUGUCGUCCGCCAACAGAAAAGAACCUCGGGUCACCUUCCAGACCCCGAACUCAAAGGGCCACCACCGCCAAUCGAGCGACUCUGGCAUUUCCGAAGUCAGCACAAGCCCUACCGCCCAGGACUUUUUCGAACUCGAGGAGAAGUACAAGAAGUUGCAGGACGAAUUUGCCCUACUCAAGAGCGAAUACAAAGCCCGCUCCGCUGCUCUAGAGAACAGACUUGAAGUUCUCAAGAUCGAGAAUGGUAGCUUGGACCGCGAAAAGGACAACUUGCGUACUGAAAACAAAAUUCUACGGGAGGAUCUCCGCAAGGCCCAACGCAACAGCCCCUCUCGAGAGUCGACAAAGAUGUCUGGCGCACUUCCUAGCCACCCGCCCUCUCCAAAGGAACACAAGGAGAGAGAGCACAGGGAGCCCAGAGAACACAAAGAACCCAAGGAGUCCAAGGCCUUGCGUCGCAGCGACUCUAAGCACCGCACCCGCGGAGAGAGCAAGGUUCGCAAGACCACCGAGGAAAAGGAGCUCGCGAAGCGCUGCAAGGAAGACAAGGAGCGCCUCGGCCGUCGCUUCGACCACAAGGACGACAAGAGCGUCUCCAGCGGAAGUUCGAGGGCUAGCAAGAGCAGCUACAUUGAGCCCAUGGGCCCCAGCGCUCCUCGGCCCGUUUCCGUCGUGGAGCCGUCCCGUCCCCGUACCAAACGCUCCGAGUCCACGUCGUACUCGAUCAGACCUUCCGUCAUUACGACCACAACUGUCACCGAUCCCUCUGUAUACGACCCGCGCUCUCCAGGCUACGCGGACCACGAGAGUCCUUUCGGCUAUGACACUGGUGCAUAUGGUCAUGGUCAUGGCCAUGCACAAUACGUUGAGGAUGGCUAUUACCCACCACCUCUAGAGCCCUCCCGCGGGAGGCCGCGUCGGUAA